UGAUUGGCGGAGCAGACUGACCGCAGAUAGGUGAAGAUGGCCGCAGCGGUGCUGCUGCUCCUGCUCGGACUCCCCGCGGGUCCCGGACUCUCCUCCGGCUCCGGUCCGGACUCUGAGCGCGGCAGGAUGGUGCUGAGUCGCGUGCGGAACCUCGCCGCUCAGCCCAGGUACGGAGGGUGUUGGGCGCGAGCUCUGGAGGACCUGGACACGCGCUGCAGGGACCUGACGUCAGAGAGCCAGAGCCGGAUCGCGCUGAAAUUCACCUUCUGUCACCUGAGCAGCUCAGGCAGGGAUUUCCCAUCAUGCCCCGAGGGGUCAGAGGUCAGCAGGUGCACAGGUGCUAUGGACGCCGUGGCCUUUAACACCUACACUGAGUUCUUCACCCACACUCACUCCAUCUGUCACUUCCUGCAGUCUGAAGCCUGGCAGAGCCGAGCUGAGAACACCAUGUACAGGUUAACAGAGAGUUCAGCAGGUGUAGCUGAGCAGCUUGAGUCCACAAGGCAGAUGGCUGAGGACCUGAGAGAUGCCCAGAGUGCCGCCUUAGAGGCACAGCAGGAGAUCCUGAACAAUGGGGAGGAGCUGAGACUCACCCUUCGAGACUCAACAGAGGGCCUGCGCUCGGUGUUCUCGGAGCUGAGCAGCGUCUCCAGGGAGCAGCAGGUGGCGCUGUCCGAACUCUUCAACAGGGUUUCCUUCCUGCAGAGCUUCCUGCUGAUGGAGGCUCACAGUCUGAGCUCCUGCUGCUACAACGCUGCUGCUCUCUGCACCUCCUACCUCCUCACCUCCACCCAGCGCUCCUCCAGAGCCAGGUUGGUGUUGUUGGGUUUGGUGUGUUUAAAUUUCUACCUGGAGAGGAAAAUCUACCAGUUUGUGAUGGACUCUGAUCAUCCUGAACACAAACACAUGGAGCUGGUCAGUGCGUAUGUCAGUGUGUUGCGGCGCUUCAUGGUGUGUCUCGGCGUGUGCGUCCUGCUCUGUGUGUGCGUUCGGUACAGAGACCCGGUCCAGCAGAGUCUGCAGGUGCUGCAGCAGCUCAGGGAGACGCAGCGAGGCCUGCAGGAGGCGCUGCAGCACGCAGGUGAGCUGCACGCAGAGUUUUUGGGGGAGCGACAGAAGAAGACUGAGGAUCAGCUGCAUGUGAAGGUGAAGAGGAGAUCAGAGAGCAGAAGAAGAGAGGCGACGCUGACGAGGAGGAAGGAGGUAAAAAGAGAAGAGGAGGAGGAAGAAGAAGAGGAGGGAACAUUGGUAUCUCCGACCUCAGAAGACCUGUCUCACCUCUCUGUCCUGGGUUGGAGCACUGACAGUAUUCUCAGCAGCACAGUGAACAGCAGCCUGCAGCCAUACACUACCCACAAUGCCUCAGUGAGUCCUGCUAGGCGUCCUCGUCGCCUCUCCUCCGCCUCCUCCCCCCUGGUCUACAGCAUCCUGGUGGAGGACAAACAGAUUCCCUUUCUUACACCGGAGAUCCACCGGACCGCCAGCUCUCUUACGUGCAUGCGACCUGUCCGUGCGCACACAGUGGGGAGAGACGGAGCGAGGGAGUUGUGUUGUCCAGCGCCAGAAACUGUAAAGAAAAGAAAAUAAAGUUGUGAACACUUG